CCGGAAGUGGCGCGGCCGCCGCGCGCCGGGCGAUAGGAGCCGCGGGUCGCUGGCCAGGCCUCACCCGGUGCCGCCGCCCGGCCUCGGUUUGCCACCCGCGCUCCGCGUCCCUCCGACACCGGUCCAGGUCGGCCGCUUCCGCCCCGCUCGCCCAGGCCUGCGCCACUCUUGGGGGGAGGAGCCGAGGCGAGGCCGCGCGGGCGGGCGGAGGGAGCCAGGCCCCGCGGCCGUCGACGGUUCGUAUCAGCCGGGUCGGAGGAGGAGCCGGGCCGCGCGGGGCGGAGGCCUGGCCCUAGGGGCGCAGGUUCCAGGAUAGCGGCGACGCGGGGCGCGGGGCUGCGCGCGGAGGCCCGGAAGGCGCGGAGGUGAUGUGGGCCCCUGUGCUUCUACGGAAGAAAGGGACCCCAGCAGCGGCGGCGGCCUCCCUACCGGUCCUCCUGACAGCAGCCUUUAGGGACCUCGCGGCAGCCCUGACUGCCCAGCUCACUGAAGUGCCCUUAAGGAUGCAGUGAUCAGGGUACGGGGCUCUCCCCGCGGGAGGGGCGCUGCCUGCGCUUCUGAACUCUGCGCAGAGAAAACAAAAAAAACAACAACAAAAAAACCAAAACCGAUAAACAAAACAAAACAAAACAAAAAANCCAGAAUGAUGCUGUCUGAGCAAGCCCAAAAGUGGUUUCCAACCCACGUGCAGGUCACAGUGCUCCAAGCUAAAGAUCUGAAGCCAAAAGGCAAAAGUGGUACCAAUGACACAUACACCAUAAUUCAGUUGGGCAAAGAGAAGUAUUCUACAUCCGUAGCGGAGAAAACCCUGGAGCCGGUCUGGAAGGAGGAGGCCUCCUUUGAGCUGCCGGNGUUGCUCAUGCAGGGUAGUCCGGAGAAAUACAUUCUUUUUCUUAUAGUGAUGCACAGGUCCCUGGUGGGACUGGAUAAAUUUUUAGGGCAGGUGGCAAUCAAUCUCAAUGACAUCUUUGAGGACAAACAAAGAAGGAAAACAGAGUGGUUUAGAUUAGAAUCCAAACAAGGAAAAAGAAUAAAAAACAGGGGUGAGAUAAAGGUCAAUAUUCAAUUUAUGAGGAACAACAUGACAGCAAGCAUGUUUGACUUGUCAAUGAAGGACAAGACGAGAUCACCUUUUGCAAAGUUAAAAGAUAAGAUGAAAGGGAGGAAAAGCGACGGGGUGUUUUCUGAUACGUCCUCUGCCAUCGUUCCGAGCACUCACAUGCCUGAUGCCAAUCCUGAGUUUUCAAGUGGUGAAAUGCAGAUGAAAUCCAAACCAAAAAAGCCUUUUCUUUUGGGUCCUCAGCGGCUCUCUUCUGCCCAUUCGAUGUCUGAUUUAACUGGGUCCCACUUAUCUUCUGAGAAGCUGAAGUCCAGCACUGUGGGUCCAACACAUCUUCUCAGUCGCCAGAUAGAUUCCUUUGGAGUUGUUCCAGAAAGUGGAAGUCUCAAGUCUCCACACAGACGAACACUAAGCUUUGAUACUUCUAAAUUGAACCAACCUGGCAGCAUUGUGGAUGAAGGUGAACACUCUUUUGGAAGACAGAGUGACCCAUUUACAAAUGUGACUGCUUCAUUACCCCAAAAAUUUGCAACACUGCCAAGGAAGAAGAAUCCAUUUGAAGAAAGCAGUGAGCCAUGGGACAGCAGCAUGAAUUUAUUCUCAAAACCAAUUGAAGUCAGGAAAGAAAGUAAGAGAGAGAAAAGGGAGAAGGUGAGCCUCUUUGAAAGAGUGACUGGCAAGAGAGAUAGCAGGAGAUCUGACAAGCUGAACAAUGGUGGAUCUGAUAGCCCAUGUGACUUGAAAUCACCUAGUGCUUUUAGUGAAAACCGGCAGGACUAUUUUGAAUAUGAGUCAACUAACCCGUUUACAGCAAAAUUCAGGGCUUCAACUAUAAUGCCAUCUUCAAGUUUUCAUAUGAAUCCAACAAGCAGUGAAGACCUCAGGAAAAUCCCGGACAACAAUCCUUUCGAUGCCACGGCUGGGUACCGGAGUCUGACCUACGAAGAGGUGCUGCAGGAGCUGGUGAAGCACAAAGAACUCCUUCGGAGGAAGGACACCCACAUCCGGGAGCUAGAGGACUACAUUGACAACCUCCUCGUCAGGGUGAUGGAAGAGACACCCAGCAUCCUGCGAGUGCCCUACGAGCCAUCCAGGAGAGCUGGCAAGUUCACCAAUAGCUAGUGGGAGUCAAGAGGACUGUUUAUAACUGGGAAGGGAGCGGGGGGGGAGCAGAAAGGAAAGAAGGAUGUGUUACUGGAAAAGACNGCACAGUCAAGCUUCACCUCCUCCCCUCAGUCAUUGGGGACAGUUGUCAGCCCUGUUCAUACUCACAGGUAUUAUCAAGAGUAACCUUUGGAGUGGGUAAAAUACUCUAAACUCUUAAACUGAAAAUGAGCCAUGCCUUGAUGACUGAGCAGUUCUCUGGCAUCACUUGGGUGCUGGACCCCUGUCUGCCAUAGGCCUGGAACUAUCUUCAGCAGCCCAUGAGUUAUUCCUCAGGAAUAGAUUCCAUAAAGCAGAAUCGAAACUAUGGUUGGAUUCUCAGUAGUCAGUCUGUAGACACACUCAGUAUCAGGAACACUGCUCAUUAUAAACAGACACAUUCAAGUGUCAGAACACUGCUCAUUAUAAACACUACUGAAAAACCAGUUCCUCAUACAUGACUAUGUGUGUUCANGUGUUUCUGUACAUAAAAAGUACAUGCAUAUACCUCAUAUACACGUGUGUUUUAAAGACAUUUAAAAACAAGCAGUUGCCUCUAANGUUAGGAUAUCAAUCUCAUAGUUUAAAAUGUACUUUUACAGUAUAUACCCAGGAUCACUUGUCACCCGGGCCACCCCACCUCUGUGGAGAAGCUACUUCACCCCACUCCUGAUUCUCUGAACUCUGAUUGUGAAGGGAUUCACUACAUUCAACUCCAGCUUCUAACUUUAUUCCCAANCACUGUCCCAAAAAUUGAUGAUCUCAAGUUUCUUUUCAAGGAAUGACAAAAUUUAGAGCUCUUUAUUCUUUUUGUAGAAGAAAGGAUUUCUUCAGCCAGUGUUCUCCUGGUGUUUGAGUUUAUGGGAAGUAUAAGCAGGAGAUAGGGUAGUGUGGUUUAUUCUACUGUGUAUCCUGAGCAAAGACAACUGUGCAAAGUUACAUCUGAAAAUGAGCUGGGGUGGGGUGGGGUGAUUGUCUGUUGCCUGAUAACCCAAGGCAACAGCAAGUUCCAGGAAUGAAGGUUGGGCUUGGUUUCAAUUUCAUCAUUAAUAGAACAGAUGGUUGCCUUUGAGCCCUGAACCAAAGACUCAUCGCAACCGUGGGUGUUGAGAGCAGGUCUCUACCAACGUACAGCAUGAGGCAGCCCACAUCUACCCUUGAGGAUUGAUGUCACACACUAUGGGGUCUUUGUUUAAACCU